CACUUCUCUCACUCAAACCCUAGAAUCAGAAAACCUCAACCUCAAACAAAACCCUAACCCCAAAACAUGGCAGAAAGAGGCGGAGAGCGAGGUGGAUUCGGCCGCGGCUUCGGUGACCGUGGUGGCAGAGGUGGAGACCGUGGAAGAGGAGACCGCGGUCGUGGUCGCCGUCGUGCUGGCCGCCGUGACGAGGAAGAAAAAUGGGUGCCAGUCACAAAACUCGGCCGACUCGUGAGAGACAAACGUAUCACCUCAGUGGAGCAGAUCUACCUCCACUCUCUCCCAAUCAAGGAGCAUCAAAUCAUCGAUGAACUCCUCGGAAACCUAAAGGAUGAGGUGAUGAAGAUCAUGCCUGUUCAGAAGCAAACUAGGGCUGGACAGAGAACCAGGUUCAAGGCUUUCGUUGUCGUCGGUGACGGUAACGGUCACGUCGGUCUCGGCGUUAAGUGCUCCAAAGAAGUUGCGACGGCGAUUCGUGGUGGAAUCAUAUUGGCUAAGCUGAGUGUUAUUCCGGUGAGGAGAGGUUUCUGGGGGAAUAAGAUUGGGAAGCCACAUACAGUGCCGUGUAAGGUGACCGGUAAAUGUGGUUCCGUUACCGUUAGAAUGGUGCCUGCUCCUCGUGGUGCUGGUAUUGUUGCUGCUAGGGUUCCUAAGAAGGUUCUUCAGUUUGCUGGUAUUGAUGAUGUUUUUACCUCAUCUCGUGGGUCUACCAAGACUCUUGGUAACUUUGUUAAGGCAACCUUCGAUUGUCUAUUGAAGACCUACUCUUUCCUGACCCCCGAUCUAUGGAAAGAAACCCGCUUCACCAAGUCACCAUUCCAGGAGCACACAGACUUCCUCUCCAAGCCAACCGCCAAGGUAGCCUUGAUCGAAGAUGUUGACAGGGCCGAAGCCUAAGCUUUUUUCACAUGAAUGAGCAAACAAAAAACUGUCUUUUAUUUUAGGUUAUUGAGUUAAUAGGUUUUAUUUAUAUCGGUGUUUUGGCUUUUGUAGUAAUGUCCAUUUUGCUUUAAGAGAAACCAUCUCUGGAAUCUUGCAGUUUUGUUAUAUGGUUGCUGGAUUUGGUCUUUUUAUUUAAAAGAGCCAUUCUUUA